AUGGCGCCAGUUGGCUCUUUAGCUCCCCGAGGCCACAUCUGGACUGGUCAUGAGUCGUUUGAAUUGCAAACUAACGAGAAACCCGACGCGCCGGUUCGCCCGAGUGCGCAUUUUGAGGCUGGAAUAGCUUUCGAGCGACUCAAAGUCCACGGCUAUGCUUCCGAGGAGCGUUACCAGCAUACGCUCACUUCUCGUAUCCUAAGCAGCACCGUCGCCUUCUGGGAUUGCCUGAGGCGGCGCGGCCCGAAGCCUGUAGACAUCCUCCACGACUUCAAUGGUCUCGUUCGUCCGGGUGAGAUGCUGCUCGUGCUCGGAAGGCCUGGCAGUGGGUGCUCAACAUUCCUCAAGACAAUGGCUGGGGACACGCAUGGCAUUUGUGUUUCGGAAAAGAGCACAAUCAGUUACCAAGGCAUUUCUUACGACUUGAUGCGUCGCAAGUAUCCCGCCGAGCGCAUUUACAUGGCUGAAGAAGACAUCCACUUUCCAGAAUUGACCGUCGGCGAAACCCUCGCCUUCGCAGCGACUACUCGAGAAAAGGAUCCUCUCAAGAGCCGCAAAGGGAAGAACUCCAGCACGGCAGUCGCGCGGCUAUUUGCCUUGGACUCUGCCAUUGAUACACGGAUUGGGAAUGCCAUGAUACGCGGCGUCAGUGGUGGAGAGAGGAAACGAACGAGCAUCGCAGAAGCGGUUCUCAACUGCUCUCAGGUCCAAUGUUGGGAUAACAGCACCCGAGGCCUCGACAGCCUGACUGCUGUGCGCUUCGUAAAGCUUCUCAGAGCGUCGACUGAUUCUCUCAAAUCAACGGUCCUCAUGAGCAUCUACCAAGCCUCGGAGGAGAUGUACCAGCAAUUUGACAACGUAACGCUACUAUACGAGGGGCAUCAAAUAUACUGCGGUCCUACGAGCUCCGCUGCUGUGUAUUUCCAUCGUCUGGGUUUCGAGAGGCCGAGCCGUGCAACGACAGCCGAUUUUCUGACAUCGCUCACGAAUCCGGCCGAAAGGGUUGCUCGAGCGCGUUGCGAGGGGCGUGUCCCCCGGUCAGCAGAGGACUUUGCUCGAUGUUGGGCACAAAGCGACGAAGCUCGGGCGCUCAAGCUUCGCAUUCACGAAUUUCUCGACAAGCAUCCUGUGUCAGUUGAGGGUUCGCUGAAUUCCCAACGCGGUUCUGCGUACACGAUCUCGGUACAUCGUCAAGUCCUAGCUUGCGCUGGAAGAGGGUUUUUGCGCCUACACAAUAACUUGGCUCCUGUCAUUGCAGGCAUAGUUGGCAACACCAUCAUCGCCAUCAUUACCGGCAGCGUGUUUUACAACCUCGGAGAAACCACCGAAAGCCUUCAAAAGCGUUCAGUCCUGCUCUUCUUUGCCAUCAUGAUUAACGCCCUGACUCCGGCCUUCGAGGUGCUCACAAUGUGGGCACAUCGUCCAGUCGUUGAGAAGCACCACCGAUAUAUUCUCUAUCGGCCUGCGGCCGAGGCUUGUGCGUCUAUUGUCUGUGAUCUUCCGAACAAGAUUAUCACUACAGUUAUGUUCAACAUACCGAUCUACUUUAUGACGAAUCUCCGUCGGACGGUGUCUGCAUGGUUCAUCUAUCUAUUGUUCUGCUUUGUAACUGUUGUAACAAUGUCGAUGUUUUUUCGGAUGGUGGGAUCAGCCUCACGGACUAGCGCACAGACAAUGGCGCCGGUUGCCAUGUUGAUCCUACUCUUCAUCACAUACGCUGGCUUUGUGGUUCCUAGCGUUUAUAUGGUGCCUUGGCUCGGGUGGUUUCGAUGGCUGAAUCCGAUUGCGUAUGCGUACGAAAGCCUGAUGAUCAACGAGUUUCGUGGACGCAGUUUUGAAUGUUUCGCUACCGUGCCUACGGGUCCAGCAUACGAAUCGUAUAACCAUACCUUAGCAAAUGUUUGCAACGCAAUCGGAGCCGCUCCCGGCAGCGAUAACGUACGGGGCUCGGACUACCUUCGGCUGCGCUACGGCUUCGUACACCAUCACCUCUGGCGCAACUUCGCCAUCUUGGUCACGCUGAUGAUCACCUUCGCUACUGCGCAUCUGGUAGCGGCUGAAUAUAUACCCGCACAACGGUCCAAGGGAGAUAUCUUGCCAUUUUUGAAGGGUCCCAAACGGAGUCGUAAGAUCAGGGAUAUGCCAAAGGAUGAGGAGGACAACCGGUCCGUGCGUUGUGCAGAUAUCCUGGGCGGUGAAGAAACGGAGAAGAAGAAGGGUUCCCUUGGGGAUAAGGAGAUGCCUUCCGUCGCGUUUCACUGGCAGAAUGUCAACUAUCAAUUGCAGACGGGCGAUGGAACCAAAGAUAUCCUGACUGAUAUGAACGGUUGGGUGGAGCCUGGUUCACUCACGGCGUUAAUGGGUGCCACUGGCGCUGGAAAAACCUCUCUACUGAACGCCUUAGCCUGUCGGACAUCGACUGGGGUUGUCACAGGUGAGAUCUAUAUUGGUGGUUAUCAACGCGAUGCGAGUUUCCAGUCCAGAAUGGGCUACGUCCAGCAAGAUGACCUCCACCUGCCAACCUCUACUGUGCGCGAGGCUCUCCGCUACAGCGCAUUACUACGGCAACCGAGAGAAAUUUCACAGGCGGAGAAGCUAGCCUAUGUUGAGACUGUCAUCAGUAUGUUGGAUAUGGAACCGUACGCGGAGGGAAUUGUCGGUAUCCCUGGGAAAGGUCUCAAUGUGGAACAGCGCAAACGACUUACCAUUGCGGUUGAAUUGGUGGCGAAACCGGAUCUACUUCUCUUUCUAGACGAACCUACCUCGGGACUUGACAGUCAGACAGCAUGGUCGAUAUGCAUGCUGCUUCGCCGCCUGGCGAACAACGGCCAAGCAAUCGUCUGUACAAUCCACCAGCCGUCAUCUCAAUUAUUCUUCACUUUCGAUCGCCUACUCCUGCUCGAGAAAGGCGGCAAAACGCUCUAUUUUGGAGAUAUUGGGCGUGACGCAUCGAUUCUCAUCCAGUACUUCGAGAAGAACGGCGCUUCCCCUUGUCCUCCGCGGAGGAAUCCCGCCGAGUGGGUCCUAGAUGUGACUAGCCAGACGAGGGAGGUCGACGACCAACAAGACAAGUCGUUAUGUGAAUGGAGCCGAAUAUGGGAUAAGAGUUUUGAGAAGCAAGAAGUGCUACGGCACCUUACAAAACUGCAGUCCUCUCAGCCAGGGGACGCUCCAAGUAAAUCCUCGCAGCCAAGAACAUAUGCUGCUCCGCUAUCGUUACAAUUACUCCUCACGGUGGGACGGAUCUUUCAGAAUUAUUGGCGCGAUCCAACAUAUAUCUACUCGAAAGUCGCGCUGUGUGUUGGCGUGGCGCUCUGUACCGGACUGUCGUUCUAUAUGACGCCCCAAGACAUACAGGGUCUGCAGAACGUUGUCUUCUCGAUAUUUCUUCUGACACAACUUUUCAGCACAAUCGACCAGCAGGUGAUCCCACGCUUAGUCGAAAAUCGCGACCUUUUUGAAGCUCAAGAGUACAGAUCCAGAACUUACUCGUGGACCGUCUUUCUCGCUUCAAACAUCCUGGUGGAACUCGUGUGGCAGUCGUUCUCGGCCGUGCUGGUGUUUGUCACUUGGUAUUACCCGACAGGUCUCUGGAAAAACGGCGACACAUCCUUCACAGCCGUAGAGAGGGGUGCCCUGACGUUUGGUAUCAUUUGGCUGUUUUGUCUCUUUAUUUCGACCCUAUCGCAAGCGGUAGGGAUCGCGAUAAAGCACGCAGAGACAGCGGUGCAGAUCGCGACACUCUUCUUCUACCUAUCCCUUAUCUUCUGCGGUGUUCUAGUUGCACCAUCUGAGCUGCCUCGCUUCUGGAUCUUCAUGUACCGCGUGUCACCGCUGACAUACUUUGUUCGAGGCAUCGCUGUCGCCGGGCUGGCAAAUACCAGGGUCACCUGCUCGAGCGCAGAGCUUCUCCAUAUUUCGGCUCCAGCAGGUCAGACUUGUGAACAGUACUUGGGUCCCUAUAUUAAAUACGCCGGUGGCUCGAUCCAGGAGGGUGGUGGAGACCAGGAUUGCCGAUAUUGUCCGGUGUCUGAGACAAACCAGUUUCUUGUUGCCAACGGUGUUCAGGUCGAUCAGAAGUGGCAAAACUUCGGCUUUCUCUGCGCCUAUGUCGCUUUCAACAUGGCUGCGACAUUUGGUAUAUACUGGGUUACGAGAAUACGGCGAGGGAACAGGUUAUAAUACUUGUAAUAGCGGUACGUGGGUCGCGAUACACGCUCCAUGGCCCAGCUCUUGCCUGCGGAAACCUCGUCCCGAGCCUUCAGCGGGUAAUAACCCAA